AUGCUUGAAGCUGGUGUAUCCAAAACAAAUAGAUACUGUUUGCUGUUUCAGGAGACAAAUGAAGAUUAUCAACUGGUUCGAAUUCUUCUUCGUAGGGUGAAGUACCUUUUGUUACGCUGGCGCCAUCGACGUACACACGCAUUGCCGUCGAACAACGCCAAAUAUUCACUCAAAGGAGUCGUCGUCAAAGACAUCGGCAUACUCAGUCGUCGACGUUUUUACGUCUUGGAUAAUUUAUUCAUCAACGAUUCUUACGACGGCAAUUCCACCAAGAAUCCAUUCAAGUUUCACCAUCAUCGACUAGAAUACAUCAAACUGAUGAAAAAUGGUGAUGUGUUGGACGAAUAUUUCAUGGAUGUCACAAACCAACAAGCCACAGCUCCGUAUUUAGAUUUGAUGAAAAGAGUAGGAGUGCUCAACGACAACGAAGAUUUGGAUUUCUCUGACAACGAAUAUAUUAUAGGCUACACUCUUUUUGGUUUUGAUUUGACCAAUGACCACGGAGCAGAUCAAGUCAAUUUUCAUCCCAAGUCGUCUGGAAGUUUGUCUUUGGACUUGAGAUUCGAAAACGCCCUACCGAAUCCACUCAAUCUGCUUAUGUUUGCUGAAUACGACAAUGUCUUGGAAAUCGACGUCAACCGUCAAAUUUUGGUGGAUGGUAAAGCUCUGAAGUGUCACAUUCCUGAACAAUUCGGGGGAGUUUUGUCUAGAAAUCAAUAA